AAUGUCGAAUCCCCUCUCCAGCAUGGACACCAGGAGCACCAACAGUGAAGAGCACGUCGCGACAUCUGAACAUCCUACCGAAUAUCACCCUCCUCCUUUGCCUCACACUCCCACUCUUCAGCGCCAACGCUCAGCACCACCGGCAUCACCUGGGCCAUACCCGAGUCAACACCACCACCUAGAAGCUGGUUCACGCACGCAGCAAUCCCUUACCUAUGCCGAAACUCGGAGCUCCAUCAACCUCAAAUACGAAGGGUACACCGCUGGGAACCCAUUCCGACCUUCAAGCCGGGCGCAUCGGGUCUCAUCUGAGACUACAUACGACGACAUCGAAGCGAUCGGCCACCCGAAUGAGCUUCUAGCACUCGGCUCGCGAUUCGAGUCCUCGACGUCGGUGUUGGGGAUGAACAGGAGUACCAGCUCCGUUGGAAGUGGACAGAGUCGGGGAUAUGCCGCUAAUGACUCUUUGAAUCUAUCGAGCCAUGGAAAUCGGGUACCGGAGAACCUCACUUACGAUAAUAUUCCCCCGAUGAUACCUGCAACAGAUGCCCUCGACGGAGUUGGUCCCUCAGUAGGAGAAAUGCGAGGGGAGAGGAGUCCAAGUCCGGGCGAGCAACAACAGCGACGGGAGGACCAUGAGCGACAUGAAGGGAAGGAGACAGAUAUCGACUGGGAGGCCCAGGCCCGCCGCCCACUGCGUCGACGCCCACUUUCUACAAUCACAUCAUCGACUGCCCAAGCCGAGAGUAGAAGCAAGAACAAGGAAUUCCUACUCGACUUGCAGUAUCAAGCUACUCUCCUUGUGCUGCUUCGCCUGCCCAUGCUAUAUUUCUCGCGGGUGGCCCAAAUAUUCGAGGAGGCAGAUUUAACCAAGGAACAGCUCAAAUAUAUGUACUGUCAAGCAACGGAGACGAAAUUCGACCACAUGUACUCCAUACACAAGUCACCAGACUUUGACGAAUUGUAUCCGGUCUACAAAACCUUCAAGUAUUCAUGGGAGUCGUUCGUCGAGUCCCUCUUGAAAGAGUGGAAGACGUUCAACAUUAUUUCCGCUUUGCUAUUGGGAGCCAUCUUGACUCUCUUCCAGAUCCCCGGAGUCGCAAACGAUCCAUUGAUUAAAUUUACAGCCCUUUUAUCCCUCUUGUGCGCCUUGAUAAGCCUCCUUCACGGAUGCAUGUACAUCAUCCGCUUUGGAACUAUGAGAAAGACAUACGUCGCCGUGGAAUGGGCACUGGAAGCUCAGAAGUUGCGCAACCCCUUGUGGAAUACGUGGACUGUAUUGGCGUUGCCGGCAAUUUGGCUAACCUGGUCGAUCGUCCUGUAUCUCGUCUGCAUCUUUUCAUACGUGUGGAGGACGAUCCCGGCGGACGGCGAGAAGUCGCCGUACGCAUGGAACGACCACCUCGUUUUGGCCGCUCGGAUACUGUUCUCGAGCACUUUCGGUGUGGGUAUGAUCCAUGGCUUCUUUGUGAUCCGCACCUUCCGUCGGUGGGGGUCGCUCACAGAAAAGCAAUGGAUCAAACGUGUCCAUCAUUGGAAGCAGAAGAGGUCAACCAAUCCGAUAAUCCAGGAAAGUGAGCGAACCAGAUCCGAGUCACAGAGCACCAUCUUCUCCAAGGCUGGAGACGUUAUCGUGAACGGCUUUGAGACAGUCACUAUCCCUACGACACCACCAUCUGCACCUGCAGUAGCUGUUGAGCCACCGACACCACCUGGACGGGAAAGUCGCUUUCAAACCUUCCGCACAAGAUAUGCCGGGAGACGAAGCCCACCAGGCGCAACGUCAUCAUCACAAGCGACGCAAGUGAUGCCUUAUAACGUAGAGGAUAACCUCACUCUGCCUCCGUCGUCGAGACGAAGAUGGGCAUCUUCGCUGAAAUCUGCGUUGAAACGUCAAUCACCCGAGAGCGCAGGCGCGACGCAGACAUCCCAACUUGACCCAAGGCCACCAUUAACACGCAGACCAUCACAGAAGUCCGUGCGCUUUUCAGAUCCUCGGGUGUCUCAGCUCAUCCAACGACUUCCUUCUGCACAAUCCCUGGAGCGAGUAAGACUAUCGCGCACAAGCUCAAGAACUGACCAGGCGGAUCCCGGGCCCGAACACCAGUCAUACGAGGCUGUCAUGGAGGCAGACGAAAGCACAGAAGACACCUCGGGCAUUAUGGUGGCGAUUCCGGAAAACACGCGAGAGGAGAGUCGAGUUCAGCCGGUGGCUCCCACCUCGAUCUUUGAUGACAAAACACAAGGCAGCAGUGAAGGAGAAGCCAUGCGUAUCCCUCCACAGGUCUACCAGCAUCCCAUUGCCCCAAUAUCAGAAAGAACGAAUUCAACUCGUUCCGAGUCGAUAGAAAUUGACAUCGUCGCCGAAGAAGAUAUUGCAGAGGACCUUCGGGAGGGGCAAAGGAUGGAUACUAUUCACGAAAGCGAAGAAAAGGAGACCCAGAAAGUAGUACACAUGAUACCGCGUUCUUCCAGUCCCGACUCUAAGGUUUA